GUGGUUUCUCCAUCCGGUGUGUCGGAACCUUUUCACGGCAGGCGAAGAAUGGAGAGAGACGCUAAAGGUUGUUAGCGAGCUAACGGCUGAGAAAACCUCCAGCUACGAGAAGAGCGCAGGAGACCUCACAUGAAUCCCGCCUGCGCCCUGCUAAACUGGACCUGAGCGGGACACGGGAGGGGGGGGGGGGGGGACUGCGUGGACGCGUGGAUUUAUCACCGUGGAGGUGUCCACAAAUGUUGAGGCCCAACAACUAAUAUAGGUGAGGGUGAGGUUGGGGGAGUGGACCGCUCCAGCUUCUGACCCAUGACAGUGGCUGUCCAGUCCAGGUGCCACUGGUAACCAGAGCUGUGGCUGCUGCGGUGGGCCCGGCCCAGGAGGCCUUACUGUGACCAGUGCUGCCAUGGAUCCACAAAGAGAGAAGUAUGGCGAGCGGCCGGCUAGAGGCACCAAAGUUUCCCAGGGAAGCCGGAGCGGACACUCGACCCGGCAGUCGGGCUCCUCGAGCACGUCUGGCGUUCUCAUGGUGGGACCUAAUUUCCGUGUGGGGAAGAAGAUCGGUUGUGGAAACUUCGGGGAAUUGAAGCUCGGUAAGAAUCUCUACACAAAUGAGUAUGUAGCCAUUAAACUGGAACCAGUGAAGUCGAGGGCCCCGCAGCUACAUUUGGAAUACCGGUUUUACAAAAGUCUUGGGACUACAGCAGAGGGAGUGCCGCAGGUGUUUUACUUCGGGCCCUGUGGGAAGUAUAACGCCAUGGUUAUGGAGCUGCUGGGGCCGAGUCUAGAAGACCUCUUUGACCUUUGUGACAGGACUUUUUCACUGAAGACUGUCUUGAUGAUCGCCCUUCAGCUGAUUUCUCGAAUGGAGUACGUGCAUUCUAAAAACCUCAUCUACAGAGACGUCAAGCCUGAGAACUUUCUAAUCGGAAGGCAAGGGAACAAAAAGGAGCACAUCAUCCACAUCAUCGACUUCGGCCUGGCCAAAGAGUACAUCGACCCUGAGACCAAAAAACACAUUCCAUACCGCGAGCAUAAGAGCCUGACCGGUACUGCCAGAUACAUGUCCAUCAAUACGCACUUAGGCAAAGAGCAAAGCCGACGAGAUGACCUGGAGGCUUUAGGGCACAUGUUCAUGUAUUUUCUGCGUGGGAGUUUACCUUGGCAAGGACUAAAGGCCGACACACUGAAGGAAAGAUACCAGAAGAUUGGAGAUACAAAACGAAACACUCCCAUUGAGGUCCUCUGUGAGAACUUCCCAGAGGAAAUGGCCACCUAUUUGCGUUAUGUGAGGCGGUUAGACUUCUUUGAAAAGCCUGACUACGAAUAUCUGAGGACUCUGUUUACUGAGCUGUUUGAGAGGAAAGGAUACACAUUUGACUACACUUACGACUGGGUCGGGAGGCAGAUACCCACACUAGUGGGAUCGGGCCAUGUAGAAUCCGGUGCAUCUGCAGUCACAAGAGAGAGCCAUCCUCACAGAGACCGACCCUCACAGCACGCUCCAGUCCGAAAUCAGACGGCAGUUUCAGACCGACGAGGAGCAUGGGAGGUUCAGCCCACUCGGCAAGCAAACUCUUCCUAUAUCACCUCUCACCUGGCAGCGGACAGGCACGGUGGCUCAGUCCAGGUGGUCAGUUCUCGCAAUGGGGAGCUUAAUGCAGACGAUCCUCUGGCUCACUCCAAUGCGCCAAUAACAACUCAGGCAGAGGUGGAAGUGGCCGACGAGCCUAACUGCGUGAAAAUGCUCAACCUGUGGUGCUGCUGUUUCUUCAGGCGAAAACGGAAGAAGAACACGCCGAGGCACAAAUGAUGAGCCAGAACCGGACCGGAAAGUUCCUCAUGUUGUGAUUUCAGACACCUGGAAGGUCCCACUGGGAACAGAAAAGGGAUUCAGCCGAUAGAUUCUGAUUGGUUUGUUCCCGGGAAGGACCGCUUUGACCUGGAGAUGUACAGGAAACGUGUCUCAUGAUGGGAGCUUCCUUUCUUUUUUCUUUUUUUUUUCUCCCCCCUCAAAGUGAAACAGGAGGUUUUACAGGUCAGGUGGACCAAGAGUUUUUUUUCAAAGGUGUUUUUUUCCCCCUUUAUUUUACAUGACAACCAAAUAGUUCUCUCUUAUCACUGUCUUCGUAUGUUUUACUCCAAUCUUUAGUUUUUUUGGUUCGUUUGUAAAGGAAGAGAUGGAUGUGAUAUCCUGCCCCCAUCUCGUUAGGAACCCGUUGUUUCUACUCCGCUCCAGACGUGAUUCACUUCCCAAAUCAUCCUGCCACGCCCCUCGUUAAUUUGCUGACUCAUUGUGACGUAUUUUUUGUUCCUUUUUUUUUUUUUUGGAUCGUCUCUGACUAAGGCAGAAGUAUUAGCGAAAGAGCAGCCGCCUCCUGGUUUUCUAUCCUUCGGAGACGUUCUUUCAGCCCAAGCGCUCCUCGUCUCCGUCCAAAUACACUACAGCCUCUUU